UGUGUUUCGGUUAUCUAUGUCUGUUUUCCGUCUUUACAACAGGUUUUAAUGUUAUAAUAUUGUGUGUGCGAAGCGCACGUCCUUUUGUGUUACUUUGUGUUCAUAAAUUAUGUUUUAAGUAUCAUUUCUUCAGUAGUAUUUAGUUGAAACAAUGACGCAGACAGAUGCUCCAAACUCGGACAUAAUCCAGAAAUCAAUCGGAGUUCUGGGAAAGUGGCACAUAGCAAUAUGUGUAAUGAUUUUCCUUGUAAAAUUUCCGGUGGCUUGGCACCAGCUCGGCAUUGUGUUUCUAGCACCCCCUGUAGAAUUCUCUUGCAUUGAUAACAAAACUGAUAAAUGUUCCGCUGAUUGUAACGAGCACAUUUUUGACAGAUCAAUUUUUACCGAAACUAUAAUCACUCAAUGGGACCUCGUGUGUGCCAGGACGUAUCUAGCAAGUCUGGCCCAGACUAUAACCAUGCUUGGUAUUCUUUUCGGGAACAUGCUUUUCGGUUACCUUUCUGAUAGGUUUGGACGGAAAGCUCCACUGACUGGGGCCGUGGUCUUGCAAGUUGUUAGUGGGAUUUGUACGGCGUUUGUUCCCUAUUUUUCACUCUUUCUCGUUAUGCGAUUUUUAACUGCUUUGGCCACGGGAGGCACCAUGGUCAUUAGUUUUGUGCUAGUGAUGGAGUUAGUAGGACUAGAAUGGCGGACCACGAUGGGAAUCCUCUACCAAAUCCCCUUCAAUCUCGGGCAUAUGAUAAUGCCCUUAUUUUCGUUUCUUCUAAGGGACUGGAAAUAUUUCCAAAUUGCGAUAUCAACCCCUGCUGUUAUUUUAAUUUCGUACUACUGGAUCCUCCCAGAGUCGCCUCGUUGGUUGCUAACCGUUGGCAAGAAGGAGAAAGCGAUCAAGCUUUUGGAAAAAGCAGCUCGUUGCAACAAACUCCCAACGGAACAAAUCAAACAAGACGUUUACAACUACUUGAAAAUGAACGAAACGAGUGAAGAAAACCAAGCUGGCAACAUUUUCGAUUUAAUAAAAACGCCAAUAAUGCGAAUGUACACAUUUUGCGUUGGCUUCAACUGGUUCGUGUGCGGCUUAUGCUUCUACGGAAGCGCACAAUACAUCGGCCAAAUGGGAGGGAACAUUUUCCUUAACGUUGCCCUUUCUGGUGUUAUUCAAAUCCCGAGCACUUUCUUCUCAAUUUGGGCUGUGAAAGCGUGGGGACGCAAACGCACCUUAAUUUUUAGCAACAUUUUAGCAGGGAUCUCCUGUCUUUUGAUAGCUCUGGUCCCCGAAGAACCAGCUUGGAUCAGGAUAACUUUGAGCUGUGUAGACAUGUUUGCAUUAAUUGUGUCUUUCCCAACGGUGUAUAUUUAUUCGGGUGAACUCUUUCCAACUGUUGUUCGGAAUAUAGGCGUGGGGACAUCGUCAAUGUGCGCAAGGUUUGGCUCCAUGGCUGCACCGUUUAUUGCAGGGCUUAUUACAGUGCAGACGUGGUUGCCACCGGUUGUUUUUGGGGUUGUGCCCCUCAUUGGGGCUCUGAUGUGUAUUAAAUUACCCGAGACGCUCGACUGCAAAUUGCCUGACACGAUUAAAGAAGCGGAACUCUUUGUAACGAAUUCGGAGAAAUAAAAAAAUGAACUGUUCAAUAAACAAAUUAUCCAACACCACCAUUUAUUUUUACCAUCAAUCUUUACUGUUGCUUCAAUUUUUAAAAUUAGAAACAAAUUAGUUAUUUUGAUUUGAUUACAAUCUUGAAUCUUAUGUAAAACCUUACAUAAUAAAAUGUUCGUCACAUGCGGAUAUAUUAAGUGUGAGUAUAAUUUUUCUAUUGGCAGUCACACUAAUGACAUCCUCAGUAGUCAUGUAUUGUGUUUUAAGCAAUUAAGCUAACAUCGAGUAAUAAUUUAUUCGGAAAUUAGAAAAAAAAUCCCUUUUUUCUAAUAACAAAUCUAUAUUUUAGCUUGACGUUUAUACCAAGAAAUAUUUGUUUACCAUGAAUGAAUAUUAAUAUAACAAUAAAAACAUCGGCUUCUUUUGUUGCAAUUAAGUAUCAUAACGAUCCGAUUUCAGGAACUCGUCUCUAUCAAUAUUUUUGAGUCAGGUUCAAUUAUGCCGAAAGAUUUCUUGUUAGUCGUUCCUGCUACCAGAAGCACAAUCUUCGGCGAUAAGAUACACAAGAGUGUGUUAUUUAUUUAAAUUAUUUCUCGGGAUAACCCACGAGGUCAUAUUUUAAAUUGAUUUGGUGGGAGACUCUUGGAGAUUAUAAUACUGGUUUUAAAUUCAUCAAUUAUCAUUCAGUGCCGGCUCUUGGUCAUCUUAUAUUGUUACUGUAGUGUGAUUAUUUUUUUAACUGUUAAGUAG